AUGCCACCGUGCGGAGCGCGCAGAGAUCGCUUGGUCGUGGGUCUUGACUUCGGAACGACCUUCUCGGGCUGUGCCUUUGCCUAUGGCGGCAGUCUCGAGUCUCCCGACGAGAUUGAGGUGAUCAGAAAUUGGCCAGGGUCCAACAACAUCACCUCUGAGAAGGUCCCGACCGAGCUGACAUACGAGCCGGCUUCGACCGGUGCUGGAGUCAAGCGUACCGCGGCUGGCGACCCCGCCCUCUUGAACAGCCCGCGGUGGGGCUUUCAAAUCAAGCCAAACGAGCUCAGACUACACUACAUAAAACUUCUCCUCGACCACCACCAGAGACUUCCUCCCUAUGUGUCGAGACAGCAUCUCGCCGGCCUACUUCUCCGCUGGGACAAGUCCGCCGAACAGGCUGCGUCUGACUACUUGACUGCACUGUUCAGUCAUGCGAAAACCCGUCUCGAGAGACGCUUUCCAAUGAUGGUGGCCACCACACAAAUCGACAUCGUGAUCACCGUCCCGGCCGUCUGGUCUGACGCUGCUAAGGAUGUGACCAUGAGGGCAGCCGAGAAAGCCGGAAUGGGCGAGAACCUCUUUAUGGUAAGCGAGCCGGAGGCUGCUGCCAUCUACGCGAUGAAGUCUAUUGACGUUCAGCAGAAGCUCUGCGAAACAGGCGACAACUUCAUCCUCUGUGACGCAGGGGGCGGCACCGUUGAUCUGGCCUCAUUCGAAGUCGCUUCGGUCUCUCCGCUGCGCCUGGUGGAGUCCGCUCCGGGAUUUGGUGCUCUCUGCGGCAGUGUGUUUCUCAACCUCAAGUUCCAGGAUCUGGUCAGACGCCGUAUGGGAGCAGACGACUUCCAAUCGUUCUGCGACAAGAACCCAGGGGCUUGGGCUGUUGCGCACAAGUAUUUCGAAGACUACGUCAAACGCAAUUUCGACCCUGUGGACUCCGAGACCGAAUUCGACGACGGCCAGUUCAACGUCCCAUUCCCAGGCGUGAAAGACAACCUUGCGGCUGGCAUCAUGGGAUCGUUCAUCACUCUGUCCAACGCCGACGUCUCUGAGGUCUUCCGGCCGAUUGUCGACAAGGUGAUUGAACUGGUCGAGAGGCAACGUAGAGUACUGGCUGCUCACGGCAAGACUGCGAAAGGAUUAAUCCUGGUCGGGGGCUUCGGAGCCUCCUGUUAUCUCUAUCGAUGCCUGAAGUCACGCUUUGCAGAUGAGGACCCUCCCCCCUCGUACACUUCGUCGAUAGAAGAGUCGGCAACGACCGAGGAAGAAGUGCGCAGAUUCAUCAUCAUGCAGCCUGAAAAUUCCUGGACCGCGGUGGUCAGAGGCGCCGUCUUGACAGGGCUCGAAAGAGACCUUGUGGUCAGCAGGAAAGCGAGACGUCACUAUGGAGUGGUCUGCAACGCACCAUGGGAUCCUUCGCUGCAUUCCCCCAAAAACAAGUUCGUUGACCGUAUCACGAAAGAGCUCAGAGCAAAAAACCAGAUGUUGUGGUACGUCGAGCGGGGACAAGACAUGCCAAGUGACGAACCUAUCUUGCUCAGUCUCACGGAAGACCUUUGGCCAGGCGAGGGAUCUGGAUCUGAAAGCAGCGCGCGAAUCAUUGUCAGUGAUGCGGAGGUGCCUCCCCAGGAAUAUGAGCCCACCAAUGAGACGCGCGUUCUCUGCAAAUUGAAUACGGACCUGGACGAGAUCCCCAGAACGUACUUCCGGAGACAAGUGGCACACGGCCAGUCGUACUACAGCUUGCAUUGGAAGUCUGGCAUGACUCUUGAUGGACGUCUGACAUUCGACCGGAGAAUCGAUGACAAGGUCUACGGCAGUAUCGAGGCAGUUUACACAUGA